ACAAUGCCUUCUUCAUAACGGUGAACCUUCAUAACAUUGCUUUGCUUGAGGAGGGAGUGCGAGUAAAUCAAGGAAAAUAUGGCAGAUUUGUUCUACUUUCCGCUCUUUAUUUUGAUAUUGACAUGCAUCUUUUCGGUUUCAUCACUCAAUCCCCAAGUCAUCAAAGAGAAAAUUCUAUGGGAAAGGAACGGACCAGGCGAAGUGACGGAGUUCCGGAUUCCGCUUCUCAUUCAAGUCCCGACGGGAGAUUUGCUGGCUUUCAGCGAAGCACGCAAGUACAGUGGAGCCGAUGCUGGGGCGAAGUUUAUCGCGAUGCGCCGUUCGAGAGACGGCGGGGACACAUGGGAUCCCACUGCAUUCAUCCUCAAUGACUACUACUCGGUCCCGGAUGGAACUAAUCUUGGGACAGUAACCAUCGAACACGAGACUAAUAAACUUAUUCUAAUUCACACAUUCUGCAUUCAUCAUUCCAGCCCAUCUUGUUUGAACGGAACCGGCGAAAACCCCACUGGACUGUACAUGGUCACGAGUUCAGACUGGGGAUAUUCUUGGUCCAAAUCGGUGUAUCUUGGAGACAGGAACCCACUCCUGAAAGGCAUCCAGUACAACCCUGGACCUGGAUAUGGGAUCCAAAAGAAGUAUGAGCCGAAUAAAGGAAGGCUUGUGUCAUGUGGACAAGGAGUCACCGGCCUAUACUGCCUCGUUAGUGAUGACAAAGGAUUGACUUGGCGGAUGAAUUCUGGAAUAUUAAACAUGCCACAGACAGGCGUACUGAAGACUGGUGACUUUGUACCUGGAGAAGUACAGGUUGUCGAACUGAAGAACGGUACGUUGUUGAUCAACGCCCGCAACCAGCGCACCUUUCACUGCAGCUGUCGCAUCCAGGCUUUGAGCUUUGAUGGCGGAGAGACCUUCCCCCUGCCUCAAGUCACAUUCAAAGAAGAACUCAUCGACCCGCGGGUCUGCGGCUCGCUGCUCAACUACAAUGACACUCUCUUCUUCAGCAACCCCUUCAAUGCAAAGAGCCGCACCAACCUCACGCUCCACUGGAGCACGGACUCCGGGGAGACUUAUCCUCAUUAUUUCACCAUCCACCCAAAGGGGAGUGGCUAUUCGUGUCUGACGACGAUCGAUGAGAAUCAUAUAGGUAUGUUGUACGAAAAGAAUGAUAUCGAAUACAUUUCAUUCCUGAAGAUUCAGUUGAACCCUUGAAAAGGACAGAGAUGGUAACAAUUUUCACUCAGUACUUUAAGGAAGUGUGUCAGGGAAAAAAAUACUUUAACAAUUUCAGGGGCUACUUUUCAAACUUGCUUGCAUGAAAAUAACACUCUUUAUUUUGUUUUGCAUUGAACUCUAUGCAAUUUUGGUGGCUCUUUUAUGACUUUCGGGGGCUCUUUUUGGCAUUUUGGGGGCUAAUUGGCCCUGAGCCCCCAUAUAUUUUUUUCCCUGAAGUGUUUUUAUUGUCUAAUUUCUAUCUAAUCAGUGCCAAUGAAAAAUCAUCAUGACUUUUAGAUGAAUAACUGAUUUUGUUUAAGUUGAAAAUGAAUUUGAAUACCGGUAGAGUUUUAUGAGAAGUUUAUCACUUUAAGUGCUAGAUUAGAAGGUAGAAAAACAAAAUUAUGAAGAUCAGGGAAAACAGGCACUCUAAAUGCUGACAAGACUUCCCAUUGCUUUGAUACAUGUGUUUUAUUGUUUCUGUUGCUCUAAGCCAAAAAAGGGUCAAUGUGAGUGUUGUCUGAUUUUAAUAAUCAACAUUAAAAUAAGAUUUAUUAGCCUUCUACAUCUAUUUACAUGUGAAAGUGCUCAUACAAUGACACCUCAUUGGAAAGUUAUAUAUUGGAGUGGUAAUGUACAUGUCUAAAGAUAUGUCUAAAGAUGUCUAAAGAUGUCUAAAGAUGUCUAAAGAAGGUCAUGCCUUUCCCAGAAGUGACAAAUAAAAGAAGAACAAAAAUGCUGUAAAUGAUUGUGUUUACUGCCAAUCACUGGUCACUGCAAUGACAAGUUGACAAUAUGUUUUUUUUCUCUUCGUUUAGACAAUUGUACAUGUAGUCAUGUAUGUAUGAGAAAAAAUGAAUUGACAUAAUUAAUUUUUGGUGGAAAUAACGUCCAUUUCGCGAAACAUGCUGCGAUGAAUUUUGGAUAUGGGUGACACAAAACUUUUUAUUUCUGAAAAGAGUGCCCUGAAUGAAUUUUUUCUGAAAAAAGCAGAUUUAAGAUACAUAUUAAAGAUGUAAUAAUGUGUAACAGUGUAAAUGCAAAAUAUUGUCAAUUAUGGAACAACAUUUUAUGGGAUCAUAGGGCCUUGUGUAAUUAAGUUUUAAGUUAGAUAUUUAUUUUUGUCUUUCAUGUACUUGUAUUGAGGCCCAUAGUUAUUGUACUAGUGAAUAAUUAUAUGUGUACCCAGUACUACAGUGUAUAACCUGUAUUCAUUAUAUUGAACUUACAUGUAGUUAAACUGACUGAAUUUGAUUCACUGAUUCAUCGAGCGCCAAGUGUUGACCUUUUACUCCUUACUACUGUUAUGUGUCAUGAAAUUAUGAAAUGACAUGAAAAGAUGAACUCAAUUUCAUAACUGAUGAUUAACUUUUUUCUGUGCAUUGCGAUUUCGGUCGAGCAGUAUUCAUACUGAAUGUACAGUGUACAUACCUCUAUAGACCUGUUUCUCUUUAAAUGAAACGUUCAUAAGUGAUUAAAUAUGUCGUAGAAUGGUAAUUUUAAUAGGAUGACAAGGUUGACGCUUGGCACUCUAUACUUCACUAGAAGACUGUCUCAUGAGUUUAUGUGCAAUAGAACGGAAUAGUUCGCACAAGUAAUCUUGUAUUCAUUCUAUAGAGUCUAAUGGUUAUCUAUUUACCGAUGAAGCCCCUAUGGGUGAAAAUUCAAAGUUUUAGAAGUUGGAAGAGAAGAAUUUAUUUAUUAAUUUCAACUUGUUCUAUUUCCCAAAGUAUUCUAAAGCAGAAUUUCACUUUUACUAGUUACUUCUACAUGUAAUCAUGUAUAUAUAUAUAUAUAUAUAUAUACAUGUAUUUAUGUUAUUUCUUGUGUGUUUGGAAUUGUCGGUUAUUCAUGUAUUUGUUUGACAAAAGGUGUAUUUCUAUCUAUGCAGUCUUGAAAUAAUGUAUUUCUGCCAAAGAAAUAAAUAUAAAGAGGUCUCCUA